CAUGCUAUUAAUUUCUGAAUGGGCCCGAAAUUGGAAUGCCAACAAUGGUAGUGCUGUAAUCACUUGUGACUAUUCUCAUAAUGGUUAUGAUAUAUGCACAAUUAAUGGCUCAACACUUUUGGAUCAAGCUUCCUCAACUCUCUUUGCUUUGGGUCCUCACACACAACAAGACAAACCCCACAUUCCUUUUAAAAUCCUUCCUUAUACUCUCAAGGGUGACAAAACAGCAAUGUCCAAUGUCAAAGAAGUCACACUAACCCUAGCUCCACCAAAACUAUCAUGUGGUGUCACACACCAUACCCCAGCCCUUGUAUUCAGUGUGGGAGGUUACACCGGAAACUUUUACCAUGAAAUAAAUGAGAACUUCAUCCCACUCUUCAUCACCAUCAAUUCCUUGUUCCCUAAUCAAAAUGUAAUACUUGUGGUCCUGGAAGGUAAGAGUUGGUGGUUCAAAAAAUAUGCCGAAUUAUUAUCAGCCUUUAGUCCCAACCACAUGAUCAUCAACACAAAUAACAUAUCCACUGUCCAUUGCUUUCCAUCAGCAACCAUAGGGUUGAUAAAGCAUGGAGACAUGACCAUAGACCCAAAAUUGCUACCAAACCCUAAAACCCUUCUAGAUUUUCGUGCAUUUCUAGACAAAGUAUAUACCAAAGAUGAUGAUACCCCAUUUGUGUACCCUAAUGAAAAUGGGAAGCCACGUUUGACAUUGAUAAGUAGAAGAGGCAAUGUGAGUCGUUUGCUUUUGAACGAAAAUGAUGUGAUCAAGGUGGCUGAGGAGAUAGGGUUCAAUGUGCAUGUGUUUGAGCCAAAAAACACGCCUAUGGCCAAAGUUUAUAGGCUAAUUCAUGCUAGUGAUGUAUUGUUAGGGGUGCAUGGAGCAGGGUUAACAAAUUUUUUGUUCCUUAGGCCAGGCUCGGUGUUGGUACAAGUGGUGCCUAUUGAACUCUAUUGGGCUUCAAGAACUUACUAUGAGAAACCACCCAAAUUCUUGGGGGUGGAUUACAUAGAGUACAAGAUUGAACCUAAUGAAAGCAGCUUGUUAGAGAGGUUUGGUGCUAAUAGCUUGGUGUUCAAGGACCCGCCAGCUUUUCAUAAAGGCAACUGGUCUAAGCAACGGGUAUAUUUGAAGGAGCAAAAUGUGAAAAUUAAUGUAGUUAGAUUUAGAAAGUAUUUGACAAAAGCAUAUGAGAAGGCCAAAAUAUUUAUUAGCAAAGUUAAUUAGGUAGAUAGCUACAUGUAGUCCUAAAUUAAAAAGAGACAUACCUUUCUUA